AUGGCUUCACUCCCGGAAGGAUGGGAGUCGGACUACGAUGGCGCCCGCUGGUUCUUUCGAUACAAGCCGACUGGCACGAUCCAAUACCACUUUCCCAAGCCCGGCGACGAGUUUCCCGAGUUCCACGACAACUUUGGCCCCAUCCAACAGAGCUAUGAGCCAAUCCCGGAAGAGCUUCUGGAGAGCGAGAGGCAGAUCCGGUGUCAGACGGCGACCGGUGUCCCAGCUGCCGGCUCAGGCAGUGUGAAGAGACGCAAGGACUCGAGCGCCGCGUCUGCAACACUAGGCGGGGGGGACUUUAUCGGCACUUCCUUUGAGCUCUUUGGCUACUACGGACCCGGCUCAUACAACGACAUGAACCCAGAACACGAAGACUGGGAGGACGAGACUGGCUCUAAGCAGGACAGUCGCCCGGGAGCUUUAACCGACGGGGAGCUACACGGAACCUCGAUCAGCAACAUGGGUACACCGAGCUCGGUCUUCAGCGGCGUGACAUCAGAAGCAGUAGAGGUGCUUCCAGUUCCCUCGACUGCAGCUGCGGUAGAAGUGCACGAGCUGCCUGAUUCUGCAGCACUGGGUGGCCUACAUUAUGCAUCUGACCCGGUGGGCUAUGUGUCGGAACUGGCCAGCGAUAUGACGGCUCUGUGCAUGGAAGCGUUCAAUCCACCGCCGGUCGAGCUGCCCGGAAUCGAGGUAUAUUCUUUAGGCGCCGACCCAGCUGCCUCCCACUCGAUGCCUGUCGAGCUACCAAACGAUCCGAAACUGCCCUCCGUUCCCUCCGUUCCCUCCAUUCCUUCGCCUGUGCAAUCGAUCCCCCAGCCAGUGGAACCACCACAGACGCAUGUUGAACCGCUAGUAAGUGCCUCAUUCGCCAGUCAGACUUCGACCCAACAGGCACAGCAGCAACAGAAACCAGCACAGGAUACCUCUGCCAAGUCUUACCGGGCUUUCUGCACUUCGACUGUUUCGAGUGAAGAAGACUCCGCUAGAAGAUUCUCUGUUACUAGUGGCAUUGAAAACAUUGAAAGAGGCUUUAAUAAGGAAAAGCUACACGAAGAGUACCGGGUGGUCGGUCCCACGAAGGAGCUCACGGAUGUCCCGUUAGCCUUGCAGCCUCCCCAGAAAUCGCCAACCAAGCUCAUGGAAUCGUCCCAAGACUCGUCUGAGUCCAGCCUUGCAGAUCCGGCCACACUCGAAGUUGCGGCUGUGACAUCAGCUCCAGUCCAACAUAAGCGGCACGGAGAGCAGCCUGGAUAUCUGUCAGAUGUGCCGUCCGCCCUACGUCCUGCUCAAGGCAGGCUGAUAUCACCGCCGGCUGCACAAACGUCUGACACAGAUCUCACCGCCAUCCCGGCUGCUCUCAGGCCAGCAGGCAUCCCGGGACCAGUCCCAGCCGAAGCUCUAGUCAACGAUGGCCAAAACUCUGGUACCACUCAGCCUCACACGCACUCACUAUUGAUCGACUCGGGCACUCUAAGAAUACCCGAUGGUGCCCCGCCCAUAGCUAUUCUGGACGUGGACGAAGUGAUUACAAGCGUUAGCUCCGAGUCCACAGAGCCGGAGCUUAUACCUCGACCUCUCCGACUUGUGCGGCAAGGAAGCCCUGCUAUACCUUCUCCGGAAACAGCAGAAGCAAAGAAAGUUGUGGAUUUUGAAUCGGCUCUGGAACUGCCGUGGACUCAAGCCCAGAAACUUCAGCCGCGGCGGCCAGUAUCCACAUUUGGGAUCAUGUCUAUCAGCACAGCUAUGCCCGCCCCGUUGAAGACGGACUCACGCUUUCCCCCGGUGCCACCCCUAUUUGGUAUUAUGAUUCCCACAUCUCAGCCUUCAUCCUUGGGUGAUGCUGGCAGCUCUCUACAGCCUGAACGGCGUGCAUCUACACCUGCGACGACCAUUGCUACGCAACGCCGGUCUACUCCUCCAGUUAUGACCGCGCCGGUCAUGGCUUUGGAUCAUCCGGUCCCUUCACAUGCUACGCAAGGCAGUCAUGAUCCGGUGGAACAAUGUAUAGCCUCGUCAGAUCUCGUCGCUCCUCUCUCAAAAAUCUUUUCCAGUACAACAUCACCACCAGUGGAGAAUUUUACGCAGAAGACCACACCGCCAGGUCGAACUUUCGGUCGGCCUUUCACAGCUGAGGCUGUACAACCUGGCCCAGACCCGGCCCAGAAUCACCCAUCACCGCCAGCAGCAAAUAUGGCUGAUAUACCACAUUCCGAUAUCAGUACCCAACCCCCAAUUGUCUCUGGUGCAGCUGGUAGAGAUGGAUGCCCGUCCUGUGACAGCUACCCAACCACCAUUAAGCAUUCCACAUCAUCAGAGCCCGAUGUCUGUCCAUAA